ACCUUAGCCAGCCGAGCCAGCCAGUCACGAAGACGGAAUGAAAGCUGUCCUCAUUACUGUACCUGAAUCUACCUGCAAUCACCUUCACCUGCGAACCUGGACACAUUUCCUGGCCUGUCGACAUUCCAUUCUGCCGUCUUGUUAUGCUGAGGAUUCAGCAUUGGCUACAAUUCUUGCACCCUGGAACGAAGGAACAUACGCCGGCUCAUACGUCGAGGAAAAUCAAUUGACGUAGUCGCCCGAGUACGAACCGGCAUCACUAGCCGCGGCGAAGCGAGCCCAUGCGACUAGGCGCAAUCGACAGACAGCCGUAGUACGAAGUGAAGUCGAGGAUUGAGAGGCUUGUUGAGGUUGUCUAUCUACCUACCUAAUCAUAUGAGGUCGCCAAUCCACAACAGAACACCGCAGUCAUGAUGGACGGCUACAACGAGAAGAACCAUUUCGAUGACGAGCCUGCGCCUGGCAAUUUCGUGCGCGCCUUUGACGCUUUCCCAAAGGCGAAACCGCAAUAUGUAACUCGCACAUCAGGCGGCGGCAAAUGGACCGUCGUCAUGCUCGUAUUGUCCGCAAUCCUCUUCUGGUCUGAAUUAUCGAGGUGGUGGCAGGGCGAGGAGGAUCAUACAUUUAGCGUCGAGAAGGGCAUAGGGCACAACAUGCAGAUCAAUCUCGACGUCGUCGUGCGGAUGACCUGCAAGGAUCUCCACGUGAACGUCCAGGAUGCUGCCGGAGACCGCAUCCUCGCCGCCUCGCGGCUCCAGGAAGACCCGACCUUGUGGUCACACUGGGUCGAUAGCAAGGGCAUCCACAAGCUCGGCCACGACGGCAACGGCCGCGCCGACACGGGAGCAGGGUGGCACGAUGAAGGAUUUGGCGAGGCACACGUUCACGACAUCGUCGCCAUUGGUCGCAAGAAGGCUCGCUGGGGUAAGACACCUCGUCUCAGCCGGGGUGUGCGCUCCGAUAGCUGCCGUAUCUUCGGCUCUCUAGAUUUGAACAGAGUCCAGGGCGAUUUCCACAUCACAGCGCGUGGUCAUGGCUACGCUGAGAUGUUUGCUGAACACUUGGACCAUAACGCCUUCAACUUCUCCCACGUCAUCUCGGAGCUCUCGUUCGGGCCAUACUACCCCUCGCUCGUGAACCCCUUGGACCGCACGAUCAACGUCGCCGACGCACACUUCCAUAAGUUCCAGUACUUCAUGUCAGUAGUGCCUACCAUCUACACCGUGGCCGGCGGCGGCGCAUCCACCAAGACCAUCUUCACGAACCAGUACGCCGUGACGGAGCAGAGCAAGGAGGUCGGCGAGCGCAUGGUGCCGGGGCUCUUCUUCAAGUACGACAUCGAGCCCAUCCUGCUGUCCGUCGAGGAGCGCCGCGACGGCAUCCUCACCUUCCUCGUCAAGAUCGUCAACGUGCUGUCCGGCGUCCUCGUCGCCGGACACUGGGGCUUCACGCUGUCCGAGUGGCUCCGCGAGGCCGUCGGCCGGCGCAGGAGGAGCGGGCGCAGCGAGGGCGUGAUUGGAGCGAAGAGUGGUUAUGAAGAUUAAUGUUGCUUGAUUUAUUGGGACUAAGAUUGGGUAAACAUUCAAUCAAGAUAUCAAAGUAAAAAGCAUGAAUAGGACUCAUCAUAUAGGAGUUUAGGUCGUUUUAUAUCGGUUGCCGGUUUUUUUUUUCGCGUCUCGUCUUUUUCUAGCUGUACUCUCAUGAUAGCCCUAUAUAGGUGGCUUUCCCACACAUUUCCUCCUCGUCAUCACACAAUCGUGUUCAGUAGAUAUUUAGAUAUAACCCUCCUGUUAGCGAAUUUUGGAAAAUAUCUAUAAUGAAGAUGGUGAGAAGGGGGAAAAAAAAAGCGAAUAUUUUCAGUUUCAGCAACGUCUAUUGAGCGAUAUUUGGGGAACUUGACGUUAAUGAAAUAAAACGAAAUAAACAUGUUUAAAAAUAUAUGAGAUACUUUGUAAAAUUAUUUCUCUGGCCAUUGGAAAGAAAGAGGAAUUAUUUGAAUCACGGAUUUAGUACGAUACGGAGUUCCCUAGUUUAC